UUUUAUAACAUGAAACCAGGCUUUAUUUUCUCCAAUUCAAUACAUUAAUAUUGCAAAAACAAAUGUAAAGAGUGGAGUUGAAAUUUGUACAAACACACUUCAAACUAUCUUUUUCAACGUUUAGAUCUUUUAAGGUUUAAUAUCUAUUUGUUUUUCCUAUUUUUGGUUUAAGUGUACAUGUGGAUAAUCGAUAUCGAUUGAUCAAUACGCGGAUCAGAGUUGAUAUAUUGGAAACAGUGUCGGCAUUCAUAGUGAUACCAGGAUGGUAAAAAAAGUCGCAGUUGUCACUGGUGCAAACCGUGGUAUUGGUUACCAAGUUGCUAGGCAACUACUGUAUGACUUUCCGGGUGACGUCAUAGUAACAGGAAGGAAUACUGCAAAAGGUCAACGCGCAUGUCAGCAACUGAAAGCACAGGGUCUAAAACCAGUAUGGCACGAACUGGACGUCACACAGUCAGCCAGUAUACGUAUGUUUGUGGACUUUAUACGCGAGAAUUAUGGUGGCAUUGACGUUUUGGUCAACAAUGCCGGAACUGUGUUCGACAAAGACUCGCCGCUUUCAAUGUAUAGGCAAGCAGAACUCACCAUACAAACUAAUUUUAAAGGAACAUUGAAUUUGUGCAGGUAUUUUAUGCCUUUGUUGAGACCGCAUUCUCGAGUUGUUGUUGUUUCAAGUGAACUUGGUAAACUGAGCAGUCUCGGCAAAGAACUUAGGAAAACCAUUGAUUUAGAUAAGGUCACAAUGUAUGAACUUGACAAACUAGCGGACAAAUAUCUAGCAGCUGUCCAGGCUAAAGUCUGGUCCGAUUACGGAUGGCCUGACCGGAUAUUGGAGUCUGUCAGCGUUCUAGAAAACGCACUUGUCUAUGCAUUAGCCAGAGAUUUAAAGAACGAUCAACGGCGAAAUAUCAUUGUUAACGCAUGCUGUCCGGGAUGGACAGCGACGGAACAGAUGCAAACACAUCUGGACGAGAAAGGUUGUCUAGGAGGCGUUGAGGCGAGGAGUCCGGCAGAAGCGGCAGCUGAUAUUGUGAGGCUAGCACUACUUCCGUAUGGAACUAGUUCACCAAACGGAGAUACCGUUUAUAAGAGAGAAAUUAUAAACAUUAGAGACUAAACAAAUUAAAAAACAAUAUGGAAACCUGAUAAAGUUUCAGAAAGAUGUUGCAUUAGGUAUUGACGAUAUUUUGAGUAUUGUUUUUUUUUAUAAAACAGAUCGUCGAGAUGAAAAAUGUAUUCGGAUACGUAAUAUAAACUAAUUUUGUAAUUUCUCUUUAGAAUAACAAUUCUUAAAAUGAU